AAUAUUCCCAAAAAUUCCUAAUGGAGCAGAUUCUGAAAUUUCUGGGGCCUACCUUUCUUACUUUGAAAGAAUUUGGCUUUAUCUAUGGAAUCCAGGGGAUGCUCGUACGCAGAAAUUUAGAAAAAUUGUGGUUCGAAGAAUGCGUUACCAUGUCCAAGUAUAAUGUCUUCCACAUGCCUUCCACUUCUCUUUGGUCCUGCAUGAAGGACUUAACUGACAUCGGAGCUGAUCGAGUACCAUUUGGCAUUGCUGAGUUAGACGAGGUGACGAACACUUGGAAUACAUCUUUUUUUCCACUCAAAUCAAAACCAAGUAAACACAGGAUUGCCAAAAUCACUACUGUGUAUGAGAGUAAGGGUGACAUUUUAAGUGUGAAGGAUUUAUUUUACACUAAACAAAGAGAACGCAAAUCAUGGUGGCGUCAAAUGUCAGAAAAUCCAUCGAUUUAUUAUAUGAGCGAGACGAAAAAAGAAAAUGGAAAAGAGUAUGCCGAAAUUCAAGCUCAAUUUCCAUUUGGAAAUAUUGUUGUUGAAACUAUUAAUUUUAAAAAUAGUGCCAAAAAAUUGUUACCGGGUGUAGAAAAUGGUGAGCGUCUAAAAAUUGUUGAACAGGUUGUGUCCUUGGAUUGGGGAUGUUUAGCUUUCUUGUGUGAUGGAUACAUAGAAAUCAAAGGCUCAAAAGAAAUUCAAAUGCAUCCAAAAUUAGUUGCUUACAAGGCUUACUGCAAGGCUAUCAUUGCACCUGAAGAUGACGAAUCAACGCGACAAGAUUUAAACUAUUUAACGUCGUAUGUUAUUGAAUUGCUGCGGGAAAAGGGUGUCGAAUCAGUGAAUGUAAAUGACAUUAAAAACCCUGAACAUUUUAAAGUAGCAUACAUAAUAACUGUCGAUAGUGAGAGUUUGAAGAGUGGCCUUGUCAAACUAGUGUGUCAAAGAACAUUGUGUGGGGAAAUAGUUCACAUAACUAGCAUGGCAAAACGUAUGUACGAUUUGUGUGUGGUAUGUAAAGUUACCGAGUAGGUUUCUUAGCUCGUUUAUUUGUGUAGCAUUUCGUACUAUAAAUAAAAAUUUAAUACCCAUGCAAAAUACUAUUGCACACCUUUGUGAAUGAGCUAAUUAAAUGGCAAAAAUUA